CCGGGAAGCAUUUAGGAGACUAUUUCCGGUGUCCUUCUCUCUUUGGAGCGAGAGCGUGCUUGGGAGAGUCGGCGGGGGAGGGUUGCUGCUGCACUUGUUUGCUUACACGGUAGUUGCAAUGGCUCAGAGCCUGAAGGACUUUGCUGGGCGUCUGCCCGCCGGCCCUCGUGGUAUGAGUACUGCUUUAAAGUUGCUGUUGGGUGCUGGUGCUGUAGCCUAUGGUGUCCGUGAAUCUGUCUUUACUGUGGAGGGUGGUCAAAGAGCAAUAUUCUUCAACCGCAUUGGUGGAGUACAGCAGGACACCAUUCUUACUGAGGGACUGCAUUUCAGAAUUCCAUGGUUCCAGUAUCCAAUAAUCUAUGAUAUUCGAGCACGGCCUCGCAAAAUCUCUUCACCAACAGGCUCCAAAGAUCUGCAGAUGGUGAACAUCACCUUGCGAGUUCUGUCACGUCCAAAUUCUGCAGAAUUGCCCAGCUUAUACCAGCGUCUCGGUCUGGACUAUGAAGAGCGGGUCCUGCCUUCCAUCGUCAAUGAAGUGCUCAAAAGUGUGGUGGCAAAGUUCAACGCCUCGCAACUCAUUACCCAACGAGCUCAGGUAUCUUUGCUUAUCCGUCGGGAACUGACAGAGCGGGCAAAGGAUUUCAGCCUGAUUCUGGAUGAUGUAGCCAUCACAGAACUGAGUUUCAGCCGGGAGUACACAGCAGCUGUUGAGGCCAAGCAAGUGGCCCAGCAAGAGGCACAGCGAGCUCAGUUCCUGGUGGAGAAGGCUAAGCAAGAGCAGAGGCAGAAGAUUGUCCAAGCCGAAGGGGAAGCCACAGCUGCCCAGAUGAUUGGUGAAUCCCUCGGCAAGAACCCAGGUUAUAUCAAGCUGCGCAAGAUCCGUGCUGCCCAGAACAUCUCCAAGACAAUUGCUGCAUCUCAGAACCGUGUGUAUCUUACAGCUGACAAUUUAGUGCUGAAUCUACAAGAUGAAGAUUUUACUAGUGACAGCCUCCUGACCAAGCAGGUGAAGAAAUGAAAUAGUGAUUGCCUCCCUAGAACCAUCCAUGUGACCUGGCAGAAUGGGGGUGAUGUGCAGUUAUGCACAUCUCUUCUGCCCAUAAGCAUUCUCUUUGGCUUCUUUUCAGUUGUCAUCUUCACUUGUGUCAACUUGCCAGCGUAUCAUUGAUAAGCCUUUCCUGGCUAAUUUGGUUCCUGUUUUUGAGAACUAUCAGCAGUGGGAACCAGCUAUAGAAAUGGGCCUCAUGUUGAAGGGGGCAAGGAUAGACAUUUUGCUCCCUUAGUCACUGAUUCCCAUCCCACCCAACCUGAAGAAUUGGACAACAAGGGUGGGCUGCAGAGACCUUUCAUUAUGCAAUAUUCUCUGUCAAAGGACUGGUUUUUAAGUAGAUUAGAUUGUUGCUCUCCUUUUCCUGCUGGGGCCAAACGUGGCCUUGGUACAUAUGAUCAUCUGUCUCUCACUUCAGUGGGUGUUUAGUUCACUCUGGCUCCCUUUCCCUGGCCCCCACUGAGUCCCUCAUCUCAGGAAUAGAUGGGUUAUGGGGCCUGUGCAAAUGCUGCCAUCUCCAUUUAUGUAAGUUCAAUUGCGAUUCACAACUUUAUAAAAAUAAAACAAAACCCAAAACUCUUCUGAAA